GCAGCAACAGAGCGCCGAGGCAGAGGUGUCCGCUCGAGACUCUGCUUCUGGACAUCAGUAUUUUAGCCUUUUAACGACCCCCGACGUGUCCCCGGCAUUUUCAGAGAGCCGGUCUAUGUCUGAGCCACCACUCUGGUUAAUCUGCGAUCCAACUGAAUGACUCUGGAAGUUGCCUCUUCAGUGAUGGAGAACAUCUCUCACGUACUGCCAUCCUCCUCGUGUUCCCCAGUUCUUGAGGAGUCUCUGCCGUUCUCAUCCCAGCAGAUCUGCCUAAACGGCAGUGUUUCUCUUCCCCUCUCCCCCAUCUCCUUCCCCCCGUCCCCUACCUCCCUCUCUCCAGCAACAGCUGACUAUGCUCACACGUCCUCCCCUCUGUCGCAUUGCUCUGCCUCUCAUUGCCUCGAAGGAGAAAUCCCGCAGUGCUUCAAGCAGGACAGCUAUUCUGACCAGGAUGACCUGACCUGUCUCAGCUGGCUGCAUCAGAGGGGGAACCUGCUCCCUCUGCAGCCCCUCAGCAGACUCCCGCCACUGCCCCAGCAGGAGUCCUGCCCGCCUGUCCAGCCUCGUCCUCCGCACGCCUCGUCCAAACCGCCCUACUCCUUCAGCAGCCUGAUUUUCAUGGCCAUAGAGGACUCUCCACACAAGAGGCUUCCGGUGAAGGAUAUCUAUGAAUGGAUCGUGAACAAUUUCCCCUACUACAGGACUGCCGCCGGAGGCUGGAGGAACUCGGUGAGACACAACUUGUCCCUGAGCAAAAGCUUCCGGCGCAUUCAGCGGGACAAGAGCCAGUCAGUGGGGAAAGGAUCGCUGUGGUGUGUGUGUCCGGAGUAUCGGCCGGCGCUCCUGGAGGUGCUGAAGAAGACGCACAGUUAUCACAGCACAAACAGCAAUCUGAUACACAAGCCUGCACUGCUGGAGGGAGCUGACUACGAGGUGCCUGCAGUGUGCGACACAAUGGAAAUCUCAGAACCCCUUUCCAAUACCCUGCUGCUCUCCAUGUCCACACAACAAAUACUGACAGCUGAUAACCCCCCUUUCACUGACAACCCGCCCUGCCCUUUGACCCCGGAUCACGAGGAACUAGUCACCAUGGAGUCAGUUGAAUACCAGCAAGAGGAUGUGAGCGAUGAUAUGGAGAAGGACCCCCUCUCUGACAGCGGCUACAUCGAGUUACAUUAUUACCAGUCUAACCAGUACCAGUACCUGGUGCUGCCAGGCGACACCGAGCUGGACCUGGAGACUGUGGAGAUCCUUCAGCUGGACGCCGAGGCCCAGGAGGCCGCCGGGUCCCUGUUGGACCUGGCAGGUGGUGGAUACUAG